AACGGCACCGCAACGCCACGAUACCGACCACCCACUUAUUAGUCACUUACAUUUCAUUCAAACGGUGAAGAGGCCUAUGACAUCAGCAGCAGCAGAAAGAAAUCAUGCACAUGCAGUUCGUGUGGUGUGCUUCCAGUUUAUUCAUCCUUUAUCAUCUUCAUUUUACUCUCUCUGUCACGCAAACACUACGACCAUUUCCUCUCUUUAUAGUUUCAACUUUUAGGAUUAAGGUUUAGGUUAGGGCUUUCCUUUUUCGGCACCGGCAUCCGUGAUCCGUGAUGAUGAACGACGCUGUUCUCCGAUCUUCGCUCCUUUACCUGGGCAUCAUAGUACUGUUAAUCGGGAUAUUCACUUACUCCUUCAAGAAGAUGAUGGUCACUUACUUCUUCGGCCUCUUCGCCAUUUCUGGAGUGCUUCUUCCCGAUUGGGAGUUCUUUGACCGCGAUUUCUCUCAGUGGUUCUGCCCAGUAACCAUCGAGCAUGGAGCAGACUCCAGUUCUCCUCAGAUAUCCAGAUCAACCGGCAGGUUCAAGAUCUACCCAUUGAGGCUGGCUUUGUAUGCAAUAGUUUAUGGAUUUGGUCUGUACAAGUGGUGGGUGUAUGUAUCCAACUAGCUAAGCCACUUUCCAUCUCUCUCUCUCUAGACUUCAUGUUUUCCAUAAAUUGCUAAGCUGUAUUAUCGUUAAGUAGUCUCUGGCAAUUCUUUUUAAAGCCUUGAUGGAGCUGCUUAACCGGUCAUGAAACAUGAUCGUGAAUGUCAAGUUUCAACUCUCACCCACUUGGCCACUAGUGUGCCUUUAGACAGGCACUGAGGCACAUAGUGUCUGCAGUAGGGGUUUUAUUUU